AUGCUUUCUCCUAUUCAGUCAUCUUCUUUUAACUUCUCGAACAUUGUCGGACACCAUCAUCAUCAGAAUUCGAAUUCAGAAACCAUGACCUGCAAACCGCUGUUCUUCCUGUUUUUCUUGAUCUUCUUUCAUCUUCUGGUUAUGUCAUUUGGGUACGAAAGACAGACUUUUCUCACAGAAAGAUUUCAACCAAGAAGACUACUGAAGACAGCAGCUUCAUCUCUCACCUCACUUUCUACAGAUCCAUCGAAGCUUAAGGGUGCAGCCAUGAACGAGCCACAGACAUCCGUGGAAGAUAGUUUGAGGAAGCGGCCACCUAGUGCUUCAAACCCUUCACAUAACUAG